AGAUAUAAACCUAACAAAGGAAAGCGUCCGUACUCUGUACACCAACUAUACAUAUACACCAAACCACCGACAUUUCCACUGUGCACUGAGCGUUGGGAAAAUAACGAGAGAGAAGGAUGGCGAGUCCUUGAAUAGGAACACACUGUAUACACCUACGAUGGCGUUGGUAUCGAUUUGUCACCAUGGAAUGACGUACGCGGCAGGAAGAUACCUACACAACCGACGCGUCGCGACGCGCGAUGCCCACCGACGCGUCAUCGAUUCGCCCUGCAAGGCCUCCUAUUUCAUCCGCAUUCAGAGUUCGACCCUCGGGGUCGAAAUCCAGAAGAUGAAGUUCUUUAUCCUCAUGAUGUCCCUUGGUGGGGCCCUAUGCUAUUUACCACCUGGAAAGGACAGCAUCCUGUCGGGCAUCUUCUUGCGUGACCUGCUGGCCCGCAUCCGCGGCGACGGCGGCGGCGACGGCGUCUCCUACGUCGACUUCACCGACGGCCUGCCCGCCCUUGACGCCGCCGGGCUCUUCCCCGCCGACUACGACACCGCGGGGCGCGGCGAGGCGCUCGGGGACCGGCUGCAGCCGGCGCUGCGGGACCGGGAGUACUUGCGGCACGGCAGUCUGUGGGGCAACCAGUUCAUAUCUGGAGGAUCUGGAGAGGGUAACCAGUUAUUGAGACCAGAUGAGGGAAUGAAAAACAAUCAUGAAAUCAAGACUGAUUCGACUCUACCAGCCUACUGCAACCCACCCAAUCCUUGCCCAGUUGGAUACUCAGAAGAUCAGGGCUGUAUCGAGGAGUUCGAGAACAGCGCGUCUUUCAGUCGCAGAUACCAGGCGGCCCAAGAUUGCAUGUGCGAUACGGAACACAUGUUCGAAUGUCCGAAUCCGGGCAGUAUGUCGGAAGGUGAUUCCAUGGAUUUGAUGGACGAUUUCGGGUUCAACAACAUGUUGCAACAAACUCUCAAACUGGAUCAAGUUUAUCCCCACAAGAAUCUCGUUGCAAAAAAAUUCCACUCUUAUAAGAGCGAGAAAACCAACCCCUUUUUGAUGGGCGAAAAGCUACCCGUUGCAGCCAAAAAAGGAAUCCACGUUCCAUUUUAAAAAAGGACAAGGCAAAAAUGGCCCUGAAAAGGGAACCAAAUUUCAAAUCGAAUACACGACUCUGGCUACGUACACGGUGAUCCUCAGAAUAAACAAUCAUCCAUGUUUUCAUCUCAAAUAAGAAAGAUUUCAAUUAUAAAAAAGUUAUAGAUAGUAGUUGCUUUCGCUGUGGAUAUGUCAUAUAAUGAUAUGGCUAAAAAAACGGUACCCAUACUGUUAGAGUUAGGAUAUGGAAUAAAUCACUAGGUUAACAAAAAUCAACAAUUCUCUUAAGGAUGAUGGAAAAAUUCGUUCCGCAUAUCAAAUUCUUGACCAAGUGCAUCAACUUAAGUGACGUUUUAGGCCCUAUUGGUUUUAGCUAAUUUUCCGAGUCUAGAAAAUCUCGGCGACGCCUGCAAAGGUCUUGUUGAAAUCUUCAAGAUUACAUUCACCAUCUUGGAUGUAAGCUAAAACCAAAACGUGACUUGAGUCGAUUUCAACUUCUCAACCAAAUCUAUCAAUUUACUUCUCAAUGUGUGAAUAUUCUUUAGGAAAACAUCAAGGUGGAUAUAACAUACACCGAUCUCUCUCUUCUAUUUAGACUGUUGAAGUUAUUAACUUAUAUAUUAUUGUUAGUUCGUAAACUUGAAUAUUUACAUGUAGGUAUGUAACCGAAGUUGAGUGGUUAACCAUUUUACUAACUGGGGCUUUUUCGAGUGUUGUGUUCCUUAUUAUGGAUAAUAAAAAGCACAGACUUAUUAUGUAAAUCAGAUAUCGAAUAAAUGUAUUCUCUUAAUGCA